CAAAUUUCUUUAUUUAAACUUCUUUUCAUUUCACAAUGUCUAAAGAACCUAUUCGCUGUUUAGAGUUCUUUAGUGGAAUUGGUGGUUUGCAUUAUGCUUUAAAAAUAGCAAACAUUAAUGCUCAAGUAGUUGGUGCUUUUGAUGUUAAUUUAAUUGCUAAUAAAGUAUAUAAGCAUAACUUUGGCAUAUCUCCUAUAACAAAACCUAUUGAUCGAUUAACAGCCAAAGACAUUGAUGCUUAUAAAGCUGAAUGCUGGUUACUUAGUCCUCCUUGUCAACCUUAUACCUCAGGUGGGCUACAAAAAGAUAUUGAAGAUCCUCGAGCAAAGCCAUUAUUACAUUUAGUUGAUCUGUUACCAACAUUAUGUAAUCUUCCAAAAUAUCUAUUUUUAGAGAAUGUGAAGAAUUUUGAGACAUCAAAGACAAGACUCCAACUUAUAAAGCAGUUGAAAGAAUUAAAAUACCACUUGAUUGAAAACCUCUUAACACCCACUCAGUUUGGUAUUCCUAAUAAUCGUGUAAGGUAUUAUUUAGUGGCUUAUCUAAAAGAAGAAGAAAAUGAUAUGCCUUUAUUUGAAAAUACAAUAAAUACUACAUGGCCACCGUUUAGUCAACAAGUAGAAAUCAACAUUCCUCCAUUAUCUUAUUUUUUGGAAGAUUUUUCUGAUAGAAAAGAUGAAAGUGAAAGAUUACUUGUGCCGGAUAAAUAUAUUUUAAGACUAUACAAAUUUCGUUUAGAUAUCGUUAGGCCAACAGAUAAAUUAACAUCAUGUAUUACAAAGGCAUAUGGAUCACAUCAUAUUCAGACAAGUGGCUCUUUAAUACAAACUAAAGAUUUAGAGAAUGUAGAAUAUAAUUGGGAUGAUAUGCAAUCAUUAUUAUCGUUUGGGCUACGUUUCCUUUCACCGACUGAAAUAUCUCGUUUACAUGCAUUCCCUGGGCCAAAAUAUCAAUUAGAUUCUCUUGUAUCUAAAGAACAAUAUUCAAGUCACGAUAUUCAACCGUUUAGCCCUGCUCACUGCUUACCUCAUCUUAUAUUCCCUGAAGAUAUUACACAAAUGCAACAAUAUCGACUUCUUGGAAACAGUUUGAAUUGUUGGGUUGUUGCUGAACUUUAUCGUUGUUUAUUAUUCAGAUCGAAUUAAAUCGAACUGCAUAAUCUUCAACCAAAAAAAAAAAAGGGUCUUUUUUUUGUUUACGCUAACAUUCCAUUGGACAGCCCUUAAGUUCAAUUUUUAAUUUCUUGAUUUUAACGCAAAUGAUAGAAUUUAUAAGGCUUUAGAUUUAUAAAGAUAAUAUAUAACACUAAUAAAUAGAUUGAAAAAAAACUACAUUUUUU